AUGCCAAAAGGUUCCAUUAAACUCAAAAUUAGUGGUGGUAGAAGAAGUGGUUACAAUAGCAGUAGCUCACACAGAUCCGAGGACUCCCAAACUAUUUUCACUAAUUUUUCAACUUCAAAGAGACAAUUUGAGUGUUGUGAGAAUGAAUGUCCAGUUCAAGGUGAAGUUGAACCCAAAGUUCAAUAUGGAAGCAUGCUUGAAAGACAAGCACAACUAUUUACACAAUCCAUGCACACAGGUUUAUAUGGAUAUUGUACCAAGAAGGGAAUGGAUCAGAAUGCAAUUGUUCCAGCUAUUAAGAUGGGGAGUCAAUAUUUGGAAGGAAUAAGCAAGAAAAUUACAAAAUUAUUCCAAUAA